AUGGAUGCUGACAUGGACUACGAAAGGCCUAACGUUGAGACCAUCAAGUGCGUGGUUGUUGGGGACAACGCCGUGGGCAAAACACGCUUGAUCUGCGCAAGGGCGUGCAACACCACCCUGACCCAGUACCAGCUCCUGGCAACUCACGUACCUACUGUCUGGGCAAUUGAUCAGUACCGGGUCUGCCAAGAGGUCCUUGAACGGUCUCGGGAUGUUGUUGAUGAAGUGAGCGUUUCUCUCAGGCUGUGGGACACAUUUGGAGAUCACCACAAAGACAGACGGUUUGCUUAUGGAAGGUCCGAUGUCGUUGUCCUGUGUUUUUCGAUUGCGAACCCGAACUCCCUGAAUCAUGUGAAGACCAUGUGGUGUCAAGAAAUCAAGCACUUCUGCCCUCGCACACCUGUCAUUCUGGUUGGCUGCCAACUGGAUCUACGAUACGCUGAUCUGGAAGCUGUAAACCGAGCCAGAAGGCCGCUGGCCAGGCCUAUCAAAAGGGGUGACAUCUUACCACCGGAAAGAGGCAGAGAGGUUGCCAAGGAGCUUGGGAUACCGUACUACGAAACCAGCGUGUUUGACCAGUUUGGCAUCAAGGAUGUGUUUGAUAACGCGAUUAGAGCCGCGUUGAUCUCCAGGAGACACCUGCAGUUCUGGAAGUCGCAUCUGAAGAAGGUCCAGAAACCUUUGCUUCAGGCUCCCUUUCUACCUCCAAAGGCACCGCCUCCAGUUAUCAGAAUCCCAGAGUGUCCCUCCACCAGUAUCAAUGAAGCCGGAUACUUGUUGGACAAUCCUUUGUGUGCAGACGUCGUAUUUAUCCUUCAGGAAAACACUCAGAUUUUUGCGCAUAAGAUCUACCUAGCUACCUCCUCUUCCAAGUUUUACGACCUGUUUUUAAUGGAAUGUGAAGAAACCCCGGAUUUCCCUGAGUCACACUGUAAUAAAGAAAAGACCCACAGAAACAUGUUGGCCAGAACAUGUAGUCUUGAGACAGACAGUGAGGGUGAAGCAGCAACCUUAAAAACGUUGAAUGCCAAACUUGUGUCUUCGGCAGAAGGUUACGACUCUUCGGCAAGGUUAGAGCUUGAAGCGGGGGAAGCCGGUUGCCUCAAACAGGGGCUGGCCUCCUGGGGCAAAGGGUUUGUUAGCAUGCAUAAGGAAGCGCGAGUCAACCCCGUUUCGAAGAGGCCAUGCACUGUGACCAUUGUCAAGAUGGACGCCUCUGUUCAGCCAGGACCUUUCAAAACUGUCUUGCAGUUUCUGUACACGGGGCAGCUGGACGAAAAUGAAAAAGACCUGAACAGGGUGGCUCAGAUUGCUGAGAUACUGGAAGUCUUUGAUUUGCGGAUGAUGGUGGAAAACAUCACUAACAAAGAAGCCUUUAUGAAUCAGGAAAUUACCAAGGCAUUCCAUGUCAGGAAAGCUAAUAGAAUAAAGGAAUGCCUCUGCAAAGGGACAUUCUCUGAUGUGACAUUUAAGCUAGAAGAUGGAAACAUAAAUGCCCAUAAGCCACUACUGAUUUGCAGCUGCGAGUGGAUGUCUGCAAUGUUUGGAGGAUCAUUUGUCGAAAGCUCAAACAGUGAGGUUCUUCUUCCAAACAUAAACAAGACCUCCAUGCAAACUGUCCUGGAUUACCUGUACACCAAGCAGCUAUCUUCCAGUCAGGAGUUGGACACGCUUGAAUUAAUUGCACUGGCAAACAGAUUUUGCCUCCCACAUUUGGUCGCACUUGCAGAGCAACACGCAGUGCAGGAGCUGACUAAAACUUCAGUGAGCGGUGUUAGCAUAGAUGGAGACGUACUGUACUAUUUGGAAAUAGCCCAGUUCCACAACGCUCACCAGCUGGCAGCUUGGUGCUUGCACUAUAUCUGCACCAACUACAACAGUGUUUGUUCCAAGUUCCGCAAGGAAAUCAAAACGAAAUCUCCUGAUAAUCAGGAAUAUUUUGAGAGACACCGUUGGCCCCCUGUCUGGUACCUUAAGGAAGAAGAUCAUUACCAGCGGGUCAAAAGGGAAAGGGAAAAGGAAGACAUUGCUCUGAAUAAGCAUCAUUCGAAACGCAGGUGGUGCUUCUGGAAUUCCUCCACAGUUGUUGCCUGAGAAGGAGAGAAAACUGGCAAGAGUGUGACUCAAGGAAAA